AUGGAUCCGGCAUAUGUAGAGAGUGGAAACUACGUCUACAUCAACAGGUAUCCAGCAUGUCGGUUCUUCAGUCAUAUUAGAACGGUCUUUGGAAUCUUCACGGUAUUCAGUGAGUUUUUAAUAUUAUUGUUUGGAUUUUUAGGAUUUAUUGGCAUCUGGAGAAGCUUUUUGAACUAUUUCGUUAAUGAACGUUGUGUUAGAAAUUAUGCAUAGUGCAUAUUAUGUACAACACAUUUCUUUACACACUAAAAUAAUUCAACUUAAUAUUAACAUCAGCGCAAUAGGCAUUUCAUUUUUCGAUGUAAUGUUUCAAAAUCCAGUUUUAACAGGUUAAGGUUAUUAAACUGUACAAAAAAUUUCCAGUUUUGUAUUGCGCUGCAUUCAACGCCAUUAUUGGGAUCAGUUCAUUACCAGUUGGACUAUACUUGGCUAUCAUUGGAUGUCCAGUGCUUCUUCUUGAAGCUGGGAAGCUGAUCAGGAUAUGUUGUGGGUAAGAGAUCAACAACGCGAUUACUUACUUAUUAAAGCCAUUAAUAGGGUAUUAAUAGAUGGAAUACAUUAUAAAACAAUUUGCACUUGAUUCAUACGAUAAAUGAUCUAAAUCCUUCUUGGUUUUAGUACAAAUGGUGCUCUUUGCAAUGUAUUCAGUUUAGUUUUGGAGUUUGAUCGCUGGAAGCGUGGUAUCUUGUACUGUGUUAUGGCCGUACCUUGUUUCUUCAAAGAUAUCGCUACUCCCUUUUCUGAAUUUGCAGGUAAUGACUGUCAUUUUUAUGGAUUCUUUUUUGAAUUUCACUGUCAAUGGAUAGAUUCUCUUUCUGAUUUUACUGUCAGUAUUGUAACAGUGAUAACUUAAAAGUUCUAGUAUCUAAUCAUAAUUGUUUUGAUGACAAAACAGUAAUAAUUCUUAAGAAACCACACAAAAACACUGUUUUUUCGAAAGAAACGGCAAAAUUAGAAGUUCAAUAUAAGAAAAACAAUCAAAAUAGAGAUCAAAGAACAGACAUAAGAUAGUGUUUUAGGGUUGACGUUGUUUAUUUGUGGUUGUUUGUACGUUGCGAAAGUGUUUCAAAAGAAAAAAGUGCCAGCAUAUGUGCCAGAUCCGGCCAGUGCAACCGGGAACCGACAAUAA